AUGUCCAACCUCAACCUCACUCGCGACUGGCUUCAGAAUGUCCUCAGACCCUUCCCAUCCCGAGAACGCAUACAGCAGGAGGUCCUGCACAUCCUCAGCGAAAGGCGUACCCUCGCUGUCAAGACUGAAGCUUUCACAUUCGAUUCAGGCCAUACAGCCCUGCUCCUCUUGGUCCACGGCACCCUGCCCAUCACCUUCCGAGGUGCGACCUACCACAUCCCGAUUCACCUCUGGAUACCUCACGAAUACCCCCGUGCCCCUCCUCUGGCGUUCGUAAUGCCCACAAAGGAAAUGGGAGUCAGGAAAAGCCGGGAGGUGGAACCCUCAGGGAGGGUCAGUGAGGAGGUUGUUGAUGGGUGGUGGAGGUCUUGGGAGUCCAAAUCGCUAGAUCAGAUUCUCAAGCAGCUGGCGAGCGUGUUCUCGGCAGCUCCGCCGGUAUACGCAAAGCCACCUGCUGGCGUCUCUUCGCCUCAGGCGCAGAGCCCGCUGAGAGGCGCCCCGUCGCCUGCACCUGUAGCUGGGACAUCCCAGAACCAGCCUCCUCCUCCACCUGCGCGGCCUGUGAUAGGCCCUCCUCAGCCUGAAUCACUUCCAGUAUACAGAGCCGCCCCCACACCUCCUCCCCAUCCUUGGCUACAACAGUCACAUUCUCGACAAGGCUCUGUCAACUCAAACUACGCUCCUCAAAUACCCGCGACGCCCCCGCAAGCAUCAGCUACCCCUCCAGUACCCGCUCGUCCGAUACAACGAGCGCCUCAUCCACAGUCACCAAAUGGUGUGCCCUCGAUACCUCAAAGACCCUUGUCGGGCGUGAUGCUCAACGGCAAUGGAGGUAUUCAUCCCCAGAGUACAGGGUAUGGGCCUGGCUGGGGACCUCAGGCUAUGACUGCCUCUCCACACGGCCAAUCUCCAGCCCCUCUGCAAUCACAUACAAAUGUCAACCCAACUCCCUCUUCUCUCCCCGCACAAUCCUCUCAGCAGGCUGUGGAACCUUCAUCACGGUCCCAAACCCUUCCAGCAACAAGACAACCAACCCAAGACCUGCUUUCCUCCCCAGAACCCAGUAAUGCGCCAUUACCUUCCGACCCCACAGGCCCCCCUCCUCCUCCACCUACCAAACCACCCCCUCCCUCACUCCUCCAUCUCCACUCUAUUCUGCUACCGCACUUGAACGCAUCCCUCCCUUCCCUGGUCCAUUCCCUGCAGUCUUCAGUGGAGAACCUCCAAGCUAGGACUGAAGACUUGACCACGGGUGAGCCAGCAAUCAGGGAUGAAAUGGCUAGGCUGGAGGCUGUGAAGAAGGUGUGCGACUCUGUUGGAAGAAAGAUGGAAGAUGUGGUGCAGAAGGGCGAAGAUCGUGUGGCGGAGCUGGAAUCGAAAGGAGAGAUUGGAGUGGAUGAGCUUGUCUGUGGGAUUUCUAUCGUGCAUAAUCAGCUUAUAGAUCUUGUGGCGGAAGAUAAUGCCAUAGAGGACACAAUCUACCACCUGACACGAGCUCUCGACUCGGAACGGAUCGACCUCGAUCGGUACUUGAAGUCUAUACGAUCUCUUGCCCGUGAACAGUACAUGAAACGAGCCCUCAUAGAGCGUAUCCUCCAAGGGAUGGGACAGACCUGGUAA